CUGUGGAGAUGGGGUUUGGGAAGGACCCGCUGCAGAGGCAGUUCCUCAGAUAAACCUCUUUGGACACACAAAUUCAGUUAGAGAGAAAGCUGCCCUUGAGAGCCAUUCCAGUAACAAUGCGAAGCAGCAAGAUAUGGAAGAGUUUGAUUAUUUCUUUGAUGAAUUUGAGAAUUACACCUAUGCCUCUGAGUAUUUCCAACAGGAAUUGGAAUUGGAAGAGCGGUCUCGCCUGGGACCCGUACAGUGGAUUUCUCUUGUAUUAUAUAGCCUAGCGUUUGUCCUUGGGGUGCCAGGAAACGCCAUUGUCAUCUGGUUCACAGGGUUUAAAUGGGAAAAGACAGUUGCCACUCUCUGGUUCCUCAAUCUGGCCAUUGCAGAUUUCGUCUUUCUUCUCUUCCUGCCUCUUUAUAUCUCCUACGUGGCCAUGAAUUUCCACUGGCCCUUUGGCACCUGGUUGUGUAAAGCCAACUCCUUCAUCGCUUUGCUGAACAUGUUUGCCAGCGUGUUCUUCCUCACGGUGAUCAGCCUGGACCGUUACAUUCAUCUGAUUCACCCCGUCUUCUCGGAACGCCGCCGGACCCUGAGGAAUGCCCUCUGUGUCAUCGGCGUAGUGUGGCUGGGGGCAGUUCUGAUCGCUGGCCCUGCCCUGUACUUCAGGGAAACUCUUGACCACAACAACCACACCAUCUGCUACAACAAUUUCCACCCGAGUGACAACAGCAUUGUUUUAAUGAGGCACCAUGCUCUGACCUGGACAAAGUUUGUUUUGGGUUACCUCCUUCCCCUGCUCACUAUGAUCAUCUGUUACUCGCUUCUCGCCCUCCAGGUGAAGAGACGAGCCACCCUGACGUCCAGCAGGCACUUCUGGACCAUCCUGGCCGUGGUGCUGGCCUUUGUGAUUUGUUGGACCCCCUUCCACCUCUUUAGCAUUUGGGAGCUGUCGAUUCACCACAGCAGCUCCUACCACCAUGUGCUUCAGGCGGGACUCCCCAUCUCUACCGGGCUGGCAUUCUUCAACAGCUGCCUGAACCCUCUUCUUUAUGUCUUGAUUAGUAAGAAGUUCCAAGCUCGCUUCCAGGCCUCAGUUGCUGAACUUUUAAAGCUUACCUUGCGGGAGGUCAGCUGGUCAGGGACAGUGAGUGAACAGUGUAAACACUCAGAGACCAAGAACUUGUGCCUCCUAGAAAUAGUUCAGUGAGAAGUUUACCAAAAUUGAAGAUAAAAUAAUUUACACCUAAAUAAAAGAAACCAAAAUUGACCAUAGCAUGACACACCACAGGGCCAUUUUUCUUUCCUUUUGUAUAAGUGAAAAUUUUAUAUCCUUUAGACUUCAUCUCCCAGAAUUCUUCCCUCCUCCCCAAAUUCCCUUUUCCUUUGUGUUUACCUGAGUCUUUUAUGUUAUUGUAUUUAAGUUUUGGGGUAUACCUCUCUCAGUCUCU